UGCAAGCUCUACAUUUUUUUUUUUAGUAAUUUGUGACAGUAAUGCAAAUAAAUUAAGUUCAAGUAUUAUCAUUCAUCGGUUGAGGAUGCAUUUCUUACCAAAUGCUCGUGUAAUUGGCGACAAAACUGUUAGCUUUCUUCGAGGAUUAAACUUAAGUAGAGCGAGUAUUUUUGCUUCUCACCCGAAAUUGGAGCAUACUGUAGCUGAGGAGUCUGAUCAACCAAUAGAUUUGAUAAAUCCGUUCGAGAAGGAGAAAAAACAGUGCAUUUUGUGCAAAUACAACAUCGAGCCCAAUUAUAAAAAUGUGAGGUUGCUUUCGCAGUUCCAGAGUAAUUUCACGGGUAGAAUUUACGGAAGGCACAUCACAGGGUUGUGUAAGAGUAAACAGGAGAAGGUAGAAAAAGAGAUCUUGAAAGCUCAACAUGCAGGUUUCAUGCCAAUAUAUAACAAAGAGAUCAAUUACGUGAACGAUCCCAAGAUAUUUGACAUAGACAAUCCAUUCAAACCACACAAAUAUUAGUCAUUUCGUAUUUGUCUUACUGCUUACUUUUGUAAAUAUUGUUUUAUUAUUGUAAAAAGUCUUGUUCGAAAGAUUCUUAAUAAUAAAAAAAGAAGAAUUUUCUAAAUACUUUGACUGCUUAUUUUUAAUUGAUUUUUCAACUAACGCAAGAUGGCGUGUUGGUGCGACCAACCGCGGUUGCGACGCGCGACGCAUUUGACUUAAAAACGGGCGUUUGUUGUGGUUUUCGUCGGGUACCGGGUAACGAC